UGAAAGCCCAUCUUAAAGUUUGAAAGCACAAAAGAAAAAAACACAAGUUUCCUGAUUCCUCUCUUCUCUGCGAUUUUAGCUCUAGGGAUCGAUUUCGGCGUCAAACGUCGUCGUUUUCGACCAUCUCCUACUUACUACUACUCAGCUGCUUCUGCCUUCUAGGGUUCUUUCUCCGUUCACCCUCCGCCGCACGAGUUGUCCAGCUCCGCCGCAUUCUUCUGUCUCCCAGAUCACCGGCUUUAAGCAAAUCCGGCUGCUUUUCACUCUAAUUCGUAAACCACUUGUGGGAUUUGAGCAUCUUUUACAUUCUCCAAAAUCUCUGCUUUCUAGGGUUUUGUGAGUUUUGGUGGGAUGAGUAGUGUGUUCAGUGAUCAGAUCCUGAUUGAUAAGCUCGCUAAGCUCAAUAGCAGUCAACAGUCUAUCGAAACUCUGUCACAUUGGUGUAUAUUCAAUCGGAGCAAAGCAGAAUUGAUCGUUACGACAUGGGAGAAACAGUUUCACAGUACAGAGAUGGAUCAGAAAGUCCCUCUUUUGUAUUUGGCUAAUGAUAUUCUUCAGAACAGUAAGCGUCAAGGUAAUGAGUUUGUGCAAGAGUUCUGGAAUGUUCUUCCUAAGGCUCUUAAAGACAUUGUUUCUCAAGGAGAUGAUAAUGGCAAAAGCGCUGUCGCACGUGUGAUCAAGAUAUGGGAAGAAAGAAGAGUGUUUGGAUCACGUUCAAAGAGUCUUAAAGAUGUAAUGCUUGGAGAAGAUGUUCCUCUGCCACUUGAUAUCAGCAAAAAGCGGCCUCGCGGAUCCAAAUCUUCAAAACGGGAGUCAAAAUCGUCCAGAACGAAAUUAGCAUCAAGUGGUGGUGUGGCUGAGAAGAUAGCAUCAGCAUAUCAUUUGGUUGUUGCAGAAAACUCAAAUGAAGAAGCUGAGAUGAAUAAAUGUAAGUCUGCAGUUAAACGAAUCCGGAAGAUGGAGAAAGAUGUUGAAGAAGCCUGCUCUACUGCAAAAGACAACCCGAAGAGAAAAUCUUUGGCGAAAGAAUUGGAAGAAGAAGAAUACCUUUUGAGACAAUGUAUUGAGAAACUUAAAUCUGUUCAAGGAAGUAGAAGUUCCCUUGUGAACCAGCUUAAAGAUGCACUACGUGAACAGGAAUCCGAACUGGACAAUCUUAAAGCUCAGAUUCAGGUAGCUAAAGAACAAACAGAGGAAGCCCAAAACAUGCAGAAACGGCUUAAUGAUGAGGAUUACACAUCAAAACAAACAACUGCUGCCACUACGAUAACCGAGACAAAUGACAACACCAAAUCUGGUCAAGCAUCAAAAAUGACGCCUGCAUCUAUUGCUGCAAUGCUCACAGCGUCAACCUCAUCACAUAUGAUAAUGCAGUCUGUUCUAUCUUCAUUCGCAGCUGAAGCAACAAAGACUUCUGGUCUAUCCAAAUCAGAGAGCACAGUUCCGGUCUCAGACACUAAUGCUUCAUUCCCUUCUUACAACAACUCCCAGAAUCAGACACCUACCACACAAGGUCAGUACCAUGUAAUACCUAAUCCACCACCACCACAGUUCCUAAAACCACCGGUAAUGAAUAACCCUUACGCCUUUGGCAACAUUCCGUUAAUGCCACCUGGGCUUCCGCCACCACCACCACCACCACAUUUGAUAGGUAAUCAACAGCCUCAAAUUCCUCAGUCGAACUCAGCUCAGCAAUCUCAACAAGGUCCAACUUUCCAGCCACCAGGGAUAAUGUAUUACGGAGCUCCACACCAUUCUUAAAAUAGAAAUGAUGUUAGUUAAUAGCUUUAGAUAGUUCUGACCCUUUUUAUCUGCUCGAAUGCGGUUUCGAUGUUACAUUGUUGGGUCAAAUCAAAGUAGAACUACUGUUCCUCUGGUUGUAGAAUCCUCACCUUUUCCCGUUACAGAUAUUUGUACCACAAGUUUCUACAACAUAAUGUAAUAAUUUCUCCUGUUCACUCUCUAUCUCCUUCCUGUAUGUAUGUAUACUUCUAUACCUUAAGAAC